AUGGCAUUAUGGGAGAACAAAGAUGGAGCAAGAAUUGUUGUGGAAGUUGAUGGCAAAGUGGCAAAAAUCAGGAAUUUAAAGGCAGACAGUCGACCAGAUGCCUUUGGGGACUCCCGGGAGAAGAUUAUGACAUUUGGCUUUGAUUACUGCUACUGGUCAGUCAACCCAGAGGACCCCCAGUAUGCUUCUCAGGAUGUGGUGUUCCAAGAUUUGGGGACUGAAGUGCUGUCUGGAGCUGACAAAGGCUACAACAUAUGUCUUUUUGCCUAUGGGCAGACAGGCUCUGGGAAGACAUACACCAUGCUGGGUACCCCAGAGUCCAUAGGGCUGACACCACGGAUAUGUGAGGGUCUCUUCAUCAGGGAAGAGGACUGUUCCUCACUGCCUUCUUCCUGUCGAAUAAAAGUAAGUUUCCUGGAAAUCUAUAAUGAACGGGUCCGGGAUCUCUUGAACCAAUCUGAUCAGAAAAAGUCCUAUACCUUGCGGGUCAGGGAGCACCCAGAGAUGGGACCCUAUGUACAAGGUUUAUCUCAACAUGUAGUUACCAACUAUAAGCAAGUAAUUCAACUCUUGGAGGAGGGGAUAGCAAACAGAAUCACAGCAGCCACCCAAGUUCAUGAGGCCAGCAGCCGAUCUCAUGCCAUCUUCACUAUCUACUACACACAGGCAAUCCUGGAGAACAACCUCCCCUCUGAAAUUGCUAGCAAGAUCAACCUUGUGGAUCUAGCAGGCAGUGAAAGAGCAGAUCCCAGUUACUGUAAAGACCGGAUUACUGAAGGAGCCAAUAUCAACAAGUCCCUUGUGACUCUGGGAAUUGUCAUCUCCACCUUAGCCCAGAACUCCCAAAUAUUCAGCAGCUGCCAGAGCCUCAGCAGUGCAGCCAGCGAUGGUGGUGACAGUGGGAUCCCUAGCUCUCCUUCUGGGACCAGUGGUGGAGGGGGACCCUCUCGGAGGCAGUCUUACAUCCCAUACCGGGACUCUGUGUUGACCUGGCUGCUGAAGGACAGUCUUGGAGGCAACUCCAAAACCAUUAUGGUUGCCACUGUGUCUCCUGCACACACCAGCUACAAUGAGACCAUGAGCACACUGAGAUACGCAUCCAAUGCCAAAAACAUCAUCAACAAGCCACGGGUGAAUGAGGAUGCAAAUGUAAAGCUGAUCAGAGAACUCAGAGAGGAGAUUGAAAGAUUGAAAGCCAUGCUGCUGAGUUUUGAACUGAGGAACUUCAGUUCAUUGAAUGAAGAAAAGGAUGAAAAUCUCAAGGAGCUGGUUCUCCAAAAUGAGUUGAAGAUUAACCAGCUGUCUAAAGAUUGGAGCCAGAAGUGGAGUGACUGGAAGGCCCUCAUGGAGCACUACAGUGUGGCCAUCAUCAGGAGGAGGGCAGGACUGGUCAUCGACUCCAGCCUGCCACACCUGAUGGCCUUAGAGGAUGAUGUGCUCAGCACAGGUGUUGUGCUGUAUCACCUCAAGGAAGGGACAACAAAAAUAGGAAGGAUUGACUCAGACCAGGAACAGGACAUUGUCCUGCAGGGCCAGUGGAUCGAGAGAGACCACUGCACCAUCACCAGUGCCUGUGGAGUAGUUGUUCUGCGGCCUGCCCAGGGGGCCCGGUGCACAGUGAAUGGCCGAGAGGUCACUGCCUCCUGCCGUCUGACCCAAGGAGCAGUUAUAACCCUGGGGAAAGCACAGAAGUUCCGAUUUAACCAUCCAGCAGAAGCUGCAGCCCUACGGCAGAGAAGGCAGAAUGGAGAGGCUGUUGGUGGCACUGGCUCUUUAGAGUGGCUGGAUUUGGAUGGAGAUGUCACUGCCUCUCGGUUGGGUCUCUUCCCUUUGCUUUGGAAGGAAAGGAGAGUGCCGGGAGAGCAGUGUGAAGAGGACCACCCAUGGCCGAGGGAUGGAGAGGCGUCCCACAAGGCCCGGAUUCAGCAGCAGCAGUGCUAUGUGGAUGAUCUGAGACAGCAAAUCCUUGCAGGACAGAUUAGAGCUGAGCGGGAGCUGGAAUUUGACCAGGCUCACAUCAACCAGCAGAUUAAAGACAACCAGCAGUGGCUCCUCAGAGAAGAGACCUGGCUGGCCAGCUUACAGCAGCAGCAACAAGACUGUGUGGGAGAGAAAGAUCUUGAGACCUCUGUGGUACCCAGUGUUUGGCUUCAGACAGAUUCGGAGGCUCAACCAUCCCUGCUAGUGCAAAGCCAGAAGCGGGUGGUGCAGGUACAGCUCCUGCGAAGACACGCUCUUCGGGCAGCAGAGCGGAACGUACGGCGAAGAAAGGCCACUUUCCAGCUAGAGAGAAUCAUCAAGAAGCAGAGACUGCUGGAGGUGCAGAAGAGCCAGGAGCAGCUGAAGGCAUUGUGCUGGCUCCAGGAUGACAGGACCCAGGAGCCCCCAGGCCACGUCCCCAGCCCAGAUGCCUUGAUCCCAGGGCCUCCAUGGAGAAGCAAAUCGACAAGUUGCAGUUGUUUGGGACUCCAGAGGUUUUGCAGCCAGCACUUGGCCCAGCCACACAGUGUUCUCCUGAAUUGGGAUUUCUCCACCACAUUACCACCUAUGCCUAAUCCUACUCAUGAAGUAUCAGAAAAAACUCCAUCAGAAGACCAUUUACCUCAGGCUGCUUCUUAUCCUCCAAGGACAAGGAGUCUUAACAAAAAUGACUUUUGUUCCUCAGGCCAGGGUAAGGUCUGUAUAACCAGGGGAGCCUUGGCCAUGAAGGGAGCCUCAGCUCCAGGCACCUGCUUCACUAUGAGCCCCAAGUCUGCUAGCAUCCAGGAAAGGGAGAGAGUGGGUAAGCAGCCCCGUCAGAAGGUGUCCCAGGUCUCAGCAUCUCUGAGCCAACCGGCUGAUAAGCUAAAGCCAGGGAAUGACCCAGAGGCCCUCACCCCUACCUCUCAGAGCAGAAUGGCUAAGGGAUUAGCAGGAUAUGGCUACAUGCAAGCCAAGAGACAAAAAGAAGGGAACCUUGUGACUCACAAGGCUGCCAAGGGAGCCUGUCGCAGUUCCUCACAUUCCCGUGGACCCAUGCAGACAUCUGGGCAUGGAAAGGCAUCCAAGACUUUUCGGGCAGAAUCCAAACCAAUAUCUUCAAGCAGGGCAUCAAAGAGGCAGCAGAGGGUGCUAGCAUCUAGGGUCAGAGAUGCUGCCAAGAAGUCCUCUCAUUUGCCUCAUGGGAGUCCUUUAAAGAGGCAGCACAGUGCAGGGGACCCAGACAUUAUGGCCCCACUCAUGGACUCCAACCCCAUCAUGGGUUAUGCAGGAGAAAACAACAAUGAUUUAUCUGACACAAACAGUGAUUACUCUGUGGAUUCUCUCUCCUGUGUCUGUGCCAAAGUCCCAGUGGAGCUUCUGAAGCCAGAGGACCCCCAGGAGAUGAAGCCAGAGGACCCCCAGGAGGUGAAGCCAGAUCUCCCAGAGCUAGAGAACUCUGAAAGUGAUGACAGCCAAAUAUCUGAGGACUCACUGGCUGAGAGGGGAUAUCAAACUCAAAAAGACAGUCCUGACAGCAGUCAUCCCACCAAUAGCCCUAACUACCACAGGGCUGGAACGAGAGCCUCUGUGAGGGGUUUCACUGUACUCUCAGACAGUGGACAACUUGCUCAAGCUCACAAGAGCUUUUCCUUGGACAGUCUGAUUGAUGCUGAGGAAGAAUUAGGGGAAGAUCAAAAGGAAGAGCUUUUACUUGGUUCACCUGAAGAGAUGUCCACAGAGACUUUUUGGCACCUGCAGAACUCCAGUAUGUCUGCAGUAGACCAGGAGGCAAGGAGCAAUUCAUCUUACCUUGAUCCUCCAGUCCAGCUACAUUGUGGGCAGCCAGAGUCAGCAGUGGAACCAUAUUACUCUGAAAAAGCCAGCUCUCUCCCAGGCACGCUGUUGUCCAGAGGGAGCCCGCUGAUGUCCAUGGAUUCCUGGUUUACCUGCGACUCAAAGAUCAACCCCAGCAACCCUCCAGGAACAGUGGGUUCUUUAUGUCCAAGUCCCGAUGUCCAGGAAUUUCAGCAUUGUGGUUGUGAGAAGCCUGAGUACUGGCUAAAUAUGGAAGAACAGAAGCCCUCAGGGGCAGAAGCAGUCCUGCCAUAUAGCUUCAAAGUGCUCCACGGUGGUACUGAGCUAUUAGACAACACAAGAGAUGGGUCCACAACUCCUGCUUCAGAUACAUCCAAACUGUCACUCUGUGGGACUCACAGAGGAGCUGACAGCACAGACGUCACUGACAAAGACCAGCAGGACACCUCUGAAGCAUCAAACAGCUCUAGUGUAUCCAAUGUGUUGGCUGCCUCUGCUGCCUCCCUCACUCUUCUAGGCAGUGCCUCUGAAAGGGACUGGUCUGCCCUUCAGCAAAAGUACCUCCUUGAACUGUCUCAUCCUGUUUUGGAAGCCAGAGGAGAGUUCAGGCCAGCUUUCCCUUGCCUUGAGGAAGACUCUGGUUCCCUGGCCCAAGCUUCUGGCAGAGGAGGAGAUUCCCUAUUGCCAGUUGGUCCUGGGAUAUCGAACAAUCUAAAUUUCAACAACUUUUCCACCCAGAUAGCGAAAAGUAGACAUCUGAGAGCAGAGAAAGAACAGGGCAGUUUGAGUGUCAAGUUAGAAGGUACUUCAGAUUUCUUUAGAAAUAGUGAGAAAAAGGUGAAUCUUAAUGAAACUUCUUCAGCGGACUUAGAAUCACUGGCUUCUGAAACUACAAAUGCACAAGUUUUUACAGCAGAGAGCAAGAUACCAAAUCCAGUGAUAGAAACACAUGAAGUCAAGCAGAAAAACUUGGAAGGGUACUCUCAAGAAAGCAGGAAACCUGGACCAAUGAUUUCCUCUGAUGAAUAUUUCUUCCGAAAGAACCCUUGUCACAGUAAUGGCAUCACAGCUACCAAAGAACACCAUUGGCCCCAAGGCUGGAUGCCUGUCAUGAAGAAUACUGCAGGCCAGCCAGGGCAACCAAGGUACAACAGCCACCACCUCCUCCAGGAAGGGAAGGCAUAUUGCCAGGAGAGUUCCACAGACAUAGAUAUUUCCUUUGCCUUUCCAUCAGAUCCAGAGCUGUACCUACACUCUGCUCCCUGGGAUCUGUUUUCAUCUUCCUUACAGCCACCUCCUUUAGAAACAUUCUAUGUGACCAAAAGCAGGGAUGCCCUGACAGAAACGGCCCUGGAGAUUCCAGCUUGCAGAAAAGUAGGGGUGCUUUCUCCACCCCUCAGAGAAGCCUGGAGCUCCAGUCAUGACCACCAAAUCCCCUGUGAUACUUAUUUGAAGAGUAGUGUGCCAGUGCUCUUACAAAAUCAAAGUUCCAAGUUUGCCUCAUCUCAGCAGGUCACAGCAGAGAGGCCAGUUGAUCUGAACCCUAGGGAGAUUUUGGGAGAAAUAGGGAAAUGUCUUGGUAAUAGUAAAAAAGAAAGCCAUAAUUCAGUUUAUUUUUCUGUUGCUCAGAACAGACAUCUUUUCUCUUCUGUCAGCCCAAAAGUAUGUGAAUUUGAAAAUCAAGUUGGAAUUUUAAAUAAAAAACACAGUCUUCGAGCACUCAGGAUGGGAGACAAGGCCACUACUCAGUCCUGCUGCAGUGUUUCCUCAAACAGUUCUGCUUCUUUAAAGCCUUUCUUUGUUUGUGAAUCUGGGGAAGCAGCACAGGGUCAGGAUGCAGCCCAGAAUGCAGUCCUAAGGCAGAGCCAGGCCUCUGAUGUGAAGAGAAAGUUUCCUUCUGGGGCCAGUUCUGAUUUCAUUUGUAAAACCAUUAAUUUAGGCCACGAGAAGAAUUUGUUAGGAGAAACCACUGCUUCCUUGAAGGCCAGCAGCCCAGUGAUUGUUGCCCAGAAUGAGAGCCCAACGCACAAGUGGGAAGGGAAGAAUGAAACUGGGCUUCUUGGAAAAGGUGUCCAUCCUAAAGACAGCUCAGAUGAGUUUAAGCUUCCAGGGGCAGACGCUGCAUUUGAAAGAUGCCAGACAGUUCCAUCCUGUCAGGAAAGAAACCUCAGUGUAUGCAAAAGACCUGGAAAGUCACAAGAGAGGACAAAGGAAGAACUUUCUGGGAAAAAAAAGAAUAAAAGGGUUAAUCAUGAUGAUGAAAUGGCGAGGCUAAUUAGGAGUAUAAUGCAGCUAGAACAUAGCAUCUUGGAAAUCGAAUCCAAGCAGAAUAAGCAGCUCCAUGCUUCCCACACAUUGGAAGUCAGUAAAGAGAUUGUAUUCCAGGACCAGGAGAAAGCUGACCAUGUCCUGAGGCCAGCUAUCCCUGGAGACCAUUUGUCCUUCAAGGAUCAGUCAUUUUCUUUAAAACAGCAUGACAAUGUUGUCUUGAGGGAUAGUGAGGUCAGAGAAAUGAAGGAGCUUAGCAGUUGCAUUGAGAAGGAUCCCCAGGUACAGAGUCCCUUCAAGACAAGGCAGUGUAUAGAAGAGCUUAGAUUGGUGAGAGAGCCCACUCACCCAUCUGCAUUAGAAAGUUCUGCCAGGGACACUUGGGAUUAUUUAGGGACAUGUGUGCCUCACAGAGAGCCCACCAACACUUCUCUUCACCCAAAGAUAACAUUGCCAUUACAGCCCAGGCAAGAGAGGUCUGAAAAUGAGGGUGAGUUGUUAAACACAGCAGCUAUGCCCAAAGGGAAGCCUCAUGACUUGGGAAGUGUUGAGGAAUUGGCGACUCUGCAUGGUUUCCAGAAAAACCAAGUUGCUGAACACAUAAACAGUUCCAACCAAAAGGAGCUAAAAAUUCAAAGCAGAAUUGAAGAAAUGGCUAUCCAAACGGGAGGGAGCCUACAGGAGGAAAAUAAAAUAAUCUCAUCAACUCAGAAAUUUCCUAGUCCAAGUCUGCUUUGUAUGAGCAGAUUUUUCAGCCAGGAGACUGUCUGCCCAUUGCUGAGCCAGACAGAUUCUUCUAUAGUUUCUUCUCAGGAAGACCUGACUAAGAUCUUGCCCUUGAAUUCUUCAAGAUUACCAAAGAGCUAUUUCUAUGCACCUGAAUCUAUAGGCAUCUUUUCAGUUGACUAUGUGCUGGAUCCCACCAUGUUUAAAAUUCAUGACAGCCCCUUGGUAGCUAGAGUCAGGUAUCAGGACCAGAGUGGAGACACCAGAAGUCAUAGCCCUCAGGAGCAUGUUAGUGGGAUCACCUCCGUGGCACACUCUGCUUGGUAUGGAUCUGCAGUCUCCAUGGCCAUAGGAUCGCAUAGUCAGUCUGGUAUACCAGAGAGCAUUUCCCUUGGGAAAGAGGGAAGACUAUCAGCAAGAAUCACUUUUCAAGACCAGGGAGGGGGCCUAAGAAGCACCUUGAGUACUAGGGAGGAUUUUGCUCCUGAAACAGAGGCAGCUACACAAAAAGAAGUAAAAAGAGCCAGUCCCCUGAACAGGAUGUCUAGCCAGCUUAGAAAGAGAGUCAGCAGCCCCUUAGAAGAGGAUGACUUCCAAGAUAGAGAGGCAAAUCAGAAAGCAGAGAAUGAUGCCAAAGACCUCAGUCUUACCAGUGACACCUUCUCAGCACCUGCUUCCCUGACAGAAGUACCCAGUCCAAAGCCCAGGAUGUGGGAGCCCUCUUCAUCCUUCUGCCUCGCUCUGUUGGAGGAGGUCAGACAGGCAAAGGCCCAGGGAAAACAGCUUAAUGACUUUGUGGCUAGAAGAACAGUCCUUCCUUACCAUGAAACUUUAUUAGAACCUGAAUGUUUUUCAAGGGUCUCUGGGAGGCUUCAGUAUAAACAAAUGGACCAGUCAGUGUCAUACAGAACCAGAAAUGAAGGUAAAACACAGGGAUUUCAUGUGGCACCUCUCUCUGCUGAACCAGAACAUCUAUUAACUGAGAGGAAAGUCCUUCAGGCCCCACCCCACUUUGUAGAGAACUUCCAACUUCUGCCCAACUCCAAAACUCACAGAGGGACCUGGCUUCCCUCACAGGUUUCCUCCCUUGCUGCCCCUAUUCUAGGCAAAAGCCAUUGCACUGGAGAGCUGAGACAUUUCCUAGGAGUAAGUGGACAGUGUAUAAGUCACUGUAGUUCUCCUGAAGUCAUAGAGAAAAAGAAAGAAGCAAGCAGAAGAACUUCCUCUCCUGGUCCUUUGGGCUUACACUGUCUUCUUUCUUCAUCAGCUGUAGAGGAGGACAGGAGGGUAGAACCAGAGAAAGUGGUGCCUGCCUUAUCUUCUCAGGCCCCCUCUGAUGACCCUGAAGUGAUUCCAUAUGUACCAAGUCGAUUAGCCACUUGUGAGACCACAGAUGGCCCACUUCCAGGGGAGAGCUGCUCAGAGCACUGGGAACUUAGCCCUAUAGAUACCACAUAUGGAGGUGGUUUAGAGAACUUCUUAGUGACUACACAGGCAGGAAAAACAACCUGUUUUGAAAGUCAGUCUGUGCUCUUUGAUGUUCAGAGUUCUGCAAGUAGUCUUUCAGGACCUAAGCAAGACCACAUCCAAUACCUUGAGUCUUCCAAAGGCUUAGAAGAAAGGAGGGCAAGUUCCAAACAAGGUAUCCUCAGACCUGGAGUCUUGAGAAGGGUUGAACUUGAAGAUCCUUCACAGCAGUGUGUGAACUGGAAGGGGAAUGUUGGGUCUGAGCUGAAAGAAGCCUGGAGGUCUGGCAGCAGGUACCCUGAGCCAAGUUCAUUGCCAGAUCAAAGACCUAGUCCAGAUCCUGGAGAUGCUGGAGAGAGGGCCCCAUCCAGAUGCCCAGAGGAAACUUUAGAUCACAUUGUCUCAGGGAGCAUUGAAGGCAGCAGGACUCUCAGCUCAUCUUGGGGACCAGAAGAGAGCAGAGCUCUUUCUUCCUUGCAGCUGUGCAGUUUGCAACAUGUUGCUUCUCAUACUUGUGCUCCCCAUUCCUCCACUUUCCUGUGUUAUGGAGGUGAUAACCUGGAGAAGAGGACUUUCAAGACUGCCCCAAACACUGUGCACUCACCGUGCAUGGUACCUUCCAUGGCCUGUGGCAUGGAUGAGAGAGGAACAGGCCAUUCCAGGGAACCUGAUGUGCUCUUGUCACAUGGCCUCAAGCCCAAGGGCAUGAAUAUGGAGUUAGGGCCAACGGAUUGCAGCACUCUGGAGCCCUCAGUGAUAGAUACUGUCUUUUCUCUGUCUCAAGGAUGCAGCUCUUCUUUGGCCCCUGAUAUGAGGACAGGUUCCCUUGGUCACUCAACUGCUAAGGGAAACUCAAAGUCAGUAGGGGAUCCUGAGAGAAAUUCUGUUGAAUGGAAACCCAGCACAGAGUUUGAGGCUGUCCCUCCUGUAGGCAUGUGCUCUGAGCCACUGAGGAAGUUUCAGGACAGCUGUGCAGGUGGUGAGAACUCACGAGUGUCUCAAACCAAGACAAAAUUGCCUACAAUAAAUGGAGGACUGAAUGCCCAGAAUAUACGUGAAGGAUCUGUUGAGAAUGAGCUGGUGGUGGAACCACAGAAUGGAUAUUUAGAAAAUACCUUCAGAUGUCUUCUAGAAAAGCUACAACUUUCCAGUGAGUCCGGGGAUCACAAGUUUGUAACAGGGUUAAAACACGUCCAAAGUACCCAGGUUGACAGUCCCUGGGAGGAGGAAGAGCAGCAGAGAGACCCUAUCCAGGAUGAGAAUCCCCCAUCUUCAGAUGAAAAUGGCUUGGAUGAUCAGAAUAGAGAUGCCAGGACAGAGGAGGAGGCUCUGUCCGAGCCAGAGAGGUUCUCAUUAGACUUUGAAGACGCAUCCACUGUGCGUUUGGAGCAAAGAGGGCCACAGCCUCCCGCCCAGAAGCCAUGCCAGCCCUGCUCUGGUAGGAAACAGUUGUCUUCCCAUCAUCGGGACUCACCUCCUGUGAUUGCAAUCUUCUCUGGCCCCAAACACUCCCUAAGGGCUCCUCCCAGACCACAGUUCUCUGUGGUCAGCUCUUCUCGGUCUCUUCAGGAGCUGAACUUGAGUGUGGAGCCUCCUUCCCCCACUGAUGAAGAUAUACAAGGACCUAACAGAUUAUGGAACUCACAUCCCAAGGACUGCUGCUUAGAAGAGUUGGUGUCAAGAACUUCUCUGAAAGCUGAGGAUAGCUGUCAGAAAGCCUCAUCUAAUUUGGAUAGUAAGACUGCUGAUCACCGGCCCUUGAAACCUGCCACCCUGCCUUACCCAACAUCUUCUGCUCUAUCGGGCAACCCUACUUCAGACUUUAUGGCCAGCUGGACGCCUGGGACUCUGGAGCAGGCCCCAGAGGGGAGGCCAGAGAAAGUGGGUGGUCAGGCCCAGCCAGAAGAGUGUCAUUCUGGCUCAGACAAAAGAAUGUUGCACUUUGACUCCAGUGACAUCAAUCCCUAUAUCCUGCCCUGCCAUCCAGAGGGGCCUGGGCGCAUUGGCUGGAAGCAAUAUGUGUUUGGCAGUGCAGUUGAUGUCUCCUGCAGACAGACACCCCAGGGCCUAACACCACCAAAUGUGGCCCGGUGCUCCAGCAUGGACAAUGGCCUAGACGACCAGAACUCUCCCUUCCACUCCCACCUCAGCACCUAUGCCAAUGCUUGGGACCUGUCAAGCACACACAGCAGCACUGAGAAUGCUCGGGCUUCAAAUGAAACUUCGGAAGUUUGGGGUUCCUUGUUUGCCUUGGGGGACCCCCACACCGUGACAGACCUUGUAGGAGCAGACAAGAAGUCCCAGUUCAAGGACCCCCCUGAUGAAGCAGGCCUGAGGAGCAAGCCCCCCUUUGCUGGAGGAAGUGCUGCAGGUCCAGUGGAUGAAAUUCUGCUGUAUCCAUCAGCUGCAGACCACACUGUCGGGCAGGUCAGAAUGGGCACCUUUGAGCGAGGCACACAGACCCUGGGCUGCACUGACAUCUCAUCUGCCACACCAGAAGCCAGUACAAUGUCAGUCUCUCAUCUGGCCUCAUGGACCAGUAUGCAAAACCUGUCUCUCCACCUCUCACGGCUUCUGCACAGUACUUCGGAGCUGCUGGGAAGUCUCUCCCAGCCAAGUGUGGCUGAAAAGGAACAAAACACCAAGAAGGAGCCCCGAGGUGAGGCCCCACAGGCCCUUAGGAUGGACAGCUGUACUCAGACUACUAUGGAUAAGGGCAGCCAGACUGACCUGUCCUCACCACCUGUGCACUUCCAGGCACCAGAGGCCAACCCUCAGAAAGUCAAUGUGAUCCUUGAAGUGCUAGGCUCAGAUACCUUGUCUCAAAAGAAGGGCAAUGUCCCAGUGGCAGUUGAGAAGAGAGAAGCAGAAGAAACAGCAUGGAAAACAGCAGGGUCCCCAGAUCUUCAGGAAGAAAGCAUCCACUGCAGGCCCCAGAGGCCUCUAGUACCUUCAUCCCAUCUGAGGUUUCUGAAAGACCCCCUUGGACAGAAGCUGCCUUCUGUGAGCUCUCAAGAUUCUGUCGAUGCAUACCUGCCUCCUCACUACCAACCAGAGACAUCGUCUUGCCUGGUUGUCAGCAGCCCUAGUCUCAGCAUCUCUCACUCCCCAGGGCUCUUUCCCAAUGCUGCAGAGUCUGUUGGUGAGCCUAAGAUCCAGAAGGAGAAGCAGGGCCUCACAAGUGCCUUGCUGGUAGACAGGGCCUCUUCCCCAAUCCUCACACUUAGUGCCAGUGCCCAGGGGUCGAGUCUCCCCCCAGGCUCUUCAUCUCCCUCAGCUCAGCCUCUUGAAGGCCAUCAAAAGCUUGAGUCUAGCUCAGACCUCCCUCUUGACACCCCAGUAUCUCCAAUGGAUGAUGAUUCCCAACCCAAUGGUGAGUUAGAUGACUCCCAAAGACCUGACACUCUGUGUGGAGAAGGCAGAAACGAUGGGAGGUCCUUCCUAGAGUUGAGCUCAUUAGGCAGUCCACAGCAACGUCCAGAACUCCAAGUUAGUGUUUUAGGACAGCCCCCUCAGCAUCUCCAGCCCAGGACCACCCAGGUAGUACCCACCUGGGAACAGAGGAACACACUGCCACCUCCACCAGUGAGGAGGAGCAGCAGCUGGAGGCUGGCCAAGAGCUUAGCUCAUGGGGAGAUGGCGUCCUCAGAGUGUGACUCACGGAGCAGCAGGGGGCCAACUCCAUGGCAAAGCAGGAUGGAAAAUGGGGCUGAGGGUUCAGCAUGUCUAGUGGAGUCACAACCCACUCUGGAUGUUUCCUCUCCAUGGGGAGACAUCAGGCCCCUCAGCCCCUGCCUGGUCUCUGAGUUGACUGAUACUACAGGGAUCCAGGAUUCCAUCUUGGGUCCAGUUGGGGCCUGCCAACCUAAAGGCCUGCUGAGCCUCACUUCCCAGUUGUGCAUUGCCCCUGAGCCCUCACCCCAUAGCCUGAGGGACCUCCCAGUGCAUAACAAAUUCAGUAACUGGUGUGGGGUUCAGGAUGACUCUCCUGGGGGGCUGGCUGUGACCAAAGAAUUGGGGAUCAGAUGUGAUCUCUGCUCUGGAGACCAGGGAGAGAGGCCCCCCCAUGUUCCUGAGGACCAAAGCCUGGCUCCCGAGUGGCCCCCAAGGGAGCAGAUCCCCCUGCAAGUUGGGGCCCAGAACCUCUCUCUCAGCAUGGAACUGACAGAAGCGAAGCUGCACCACGGCUUUGGAAAGGCAGAUGCCCUGCUGCAGGUGCUGCAGAGUGGGACAGGGGAGGCGCUUGCUGCUGACGAACCAGUGUUCUCCACCUGGGAGGAGCGCUAUACCUUACAAAAAAAAGCCAUCCAGACCCUCCGUAGGGAGCGGGCCGAACGACUUCAGAACUUCUGCCGAACACGAAGUCUCAGCCCCCAGAAACAACUGAGCCUCUUGCCCAACAUGGAUUUCCCGACCCGGGAUCUUGACUUACCCAGCCGACGCCGAGAGUACCUGCAGAAACUGAGGAAGGAUGUUGUGGAGACCACCAGGAGCUCUGAGGCUGUCACAAGGUCUGCUCACCCACCCUCUGACAUCAAGCUGAUGCUGCAAAACUACCAGCGGGCCCGUGAGGAGGCCAAGGUGGAGAUUGCUCGGGCCCGGGACCGACUGCGGGAGCAGACUGAACAGGAGAAGCUGAGAAUCCGCCAGCAGAUCAUCUCUCAGCUGCUGAGGGAAGAGGAACAACUGCACACUCUGGCCAACUCUAGUCCCCUGUGCACAAGCUCCAAUGGAAGCCUCUCUUCUGGCAUCACUUCUGGCUACAACAGCAACCCAGCCUUGUCGGGCCAACUCCAGUCCCCAGACAGCCUGGUGGACACACACUGGUCUGAUUCAAGAGACACCUGGAUAGGGGAUGGGCGGGGUCGUUCUGCAGUGAGGAGCAAUCGCCUUUAUGGCCACAGAGCCUUCCUGGGCAGUUGCUGCUGCUCCACAUCCAGCCUGACCAGCUCAGCAACCUGCUGUAACUCCUCCUACCAGGACCUGGCCAAGCACAUCGUGAACAUCUCUGUGGCUGAUGUAAUGGCUGCUUGUUCGGAUAAUCUACACAACCUGUUCAUCCACCAGGCAGCAGCUGGCUGGAGCUAUCAGGGUGAGGAGCAGGAGGUGCAACUUUACUACAAGGUGUUUUCUUCUACUCGGCAUGGCUUCCUGGGGGCAGGUGUGGUGUCCCAGCCGCUGCCACAGGUGUGGACAGCUGUGAGUGAUCCCACCCUGUGGCCUCUGUAUCACAAGCCCAUCCAGACAGCACGGCUGCAUCAGCGGGUGACCAACAGCAUCAGCCUGGUGUACCUGGUGUGCAAUACCACCCUGUGUGCAUUGAAGCAGCCACGGGAUUUCUGUUGUGUCUGCGUGGAAGCCAAAGAGGGGCACCUCUUUAUUAUGGCAGCUCAGUCUGUGUAUGACAUAUCCAUGCCACGACCUAGCAGAGAAAUGGUCCGAGGGGAGAUCCUGCCCAGUGCCUGGAUCCUGCAGCCUCUCACCAUGGAAGGGAAGGAGAUCACCAGAGUCAUCUACUUAGCCCAGGUGGAACUUGGUGCUCCAGGCUUCCCCCCUCAGCUCCUGAACUCCUUUAUCAAACAGCAGCCACUGGUUAUAGCCAGACUGGCUUCCUUUCUCAGUAGUUAG